GGCACACUUCCUCAGCAGCGUGCUAGCUGCUAGUCAGCGGCGAGCGUGGCUGUUCAUAAGUAGUUUGAGAAAUGUUGAGCGGCAGGACGAGCGCGCUGGUCGCCGGGGUGUGUGGUGCUCUUUUCGUCGCAUACUGUGUUUACUUUGACAGGAAGCGGCGGAGUGACCCCCGUUUCAAGGAAAAGCUACGUGAGCGUCGACAAAAGCAAAAGGUUUCCAGUGAGAAGACUGGGCUUACAAAGCUGCCGAACUUGAAGGACGAAGAAGCUGUCCAGAAAUUCUUCUUGGAGGAAAUCCAGCUGGCAGAGGAGCUCCUCGCACAAGGUGAAUUUGACAAAGGUGUAGACCACCUGACCAAUGCCAUUGCAGUAUGUGGUCAACCUCAGCAGCUACUUCAGGUGCUUCAGCAGACGCUGCCUGCUCCAGUCUUCCAAAUGUUGCUCACCAGACUACCCAGCAUCAGCCAGCGACUCAUCGGCACUGAGUCUUUAGCAGAAGAUGACGUCGAAUGAACGUAUGUGUGUGAAUGAGUUUGAGAUGGAAAUCUAUGAGGGGAGGGGGGUUUUAGACACUGUCACUGCUGCACGGUUCAGUUGCUUGUGAAUUCUGAGCUUCACUGGCCAUCGGUUGAGAUGAAUUUCCCUCCAUCACAGCACUUUGAGGUGGACGAACGUCUGCCAGGUUACAUUUAUCGAAAUGCAUUCCUCCUUUCCAACAUAUCGGUUAUUAUGUAGCCAUUUGUUUGUAUUUAAAGUGCAACCUAAGUAUGUAAACAGGAAUGUAGACGGUUCUGUUUGUGACUUGGACUGAAGUGAGUCUGUCUACUCUAAGCAGAACACUUGCUUGUGGUAUAAUGUUUAUAUAAAUGAUUUUGCAGGUUAAUUAAAAUGUACUUUUUAAAGAAAAAAAAACACAUUCCAGUCUUUCACCUGGGUUUUUGUUUUUUGUGUCUGUGUAAUACUACAAUAAAACAUAACAUGUGUUGACUUUUUGAUUGUCCACUUGCCAGUAGAUGGCAGUAGCAAUGCACAGGAAAACCUGAAGCAUUUAGUUCUGAAAUAUGGAGCAAGGGCACUUUCACUUUCCCCUCAAAUAAAGGGUGUGCAGGAAUUGGGGACAAUUAUGUUUGUAUCAAUAAAUAUUAAUGAACAUGGAGGGGAGUGAGCCAACCUAUUGUAGUUAUCCCACCCAUGUAGGUGCAAAACAAAAGAUCUGUGAAUUGCUGAUAUUAGUAAUAAAACACAG